AUGGAAAAUAUUCAGAUUGGAGCUAAAGUUUCAAUUAAACGAUCAGAUGGAUCUAUUCAAGAAGCCGAAAUUAUUUCUAUUAAUCAUCAAGAUGAAUUAGCAAAAGUUGUCUUUCUUGGCUCUAAUAAUACAAAACAUUCUAAAAUAGUUUCAUUAGCUGAAAUUAAAUCUUUAAAUCCAGAUAUUAUGGUAGAAGGAAAUGUACAGUUACCUGUUCCACAAACUAAAAAUAUUCGUCGGACGAUUGGAAGAUUUGAAAACAAGCCUACCCGACAAACUAUAAUUAUAGAUGAAAAAAAACCACGAAUGUCAUUGGUAAAUACCACAAACGUUCAAAUAGAUAAUAAAGAAAAUGAUCGAAAAGGAAACAAUCUUUCAUCAUUAAAUAACACAAGUUACACUGUUUUAAUUGAUCAUGUACCUCGUCAAGAAUUACCAAAAUCUCACAAAUACUUUACAUACAACAAAUUAAUUUCUACAGAGGAAGAUUCAUUAAUAUAUGAACAACUUAAGUAUAGUGAGGAUGCUUCUUGUGAGAAAAAGAUGACUGUAUACAUUAGAGUUAGACCAUUAAAUAGUUCUGAAAAAAAGAAACAAGAAAUUUCAACUGUUGCUGUACCGUCUACUGAUCGUAUUGUAUUAUUUUCACCUCAAAUUAAAUUUGAUGGUGUUUUUAAUGAAAAUGCUGAAACAGAAAGCAUUUAUAAAGUUGGAUGUAAGCGACUUAUAUCAACUUUUUUUUCUGGAGAAUGUGCAACAUGUUUUGCUUAUGGGCAAACUGGUAGUGGCAAGACAUUUACUAUGCAUGGAAAGAGUGGAAAAAGUAAUUUACAAGGCAUUUAUGGUAUGGUAUCAUCUGAUGUAUUUGAAACUUUUAAAAAGCAUUGUUAUGGAAAAAAAGGUUUUUCUAUAAAAUGUGCAUUUUUUGAAAUUUAUAUGAAUAAAGCUUACGAUCUUUUGGAUAAACGUAAAGAACUUCGGGUACAGGCAGAUGGUAACAAUCGUGUUCAAAUACCUCAACUUACUAAUCAUGCUUGUAAUUCGCCUCUGGAUGUCUCACAGAUUCUUCAUCAGGGAUCCCUUUUAAGGAGUUGUGGAAAAACUAAGUCAAAUAAAGAAUCUUCUCGUUCACAUGCGGUAUUUCAAUUUAUAUUACAUCAAGGAGAUAAUGUUUUGUCAAGAUUAAGUUUGGUUGAUCUUGCUGGUAAUGAAAGAGGUAUUGAUGCUGGAAAUGUUGAUAAAGUUACACGAAAUGAAGGAAUUUCCAUUAAUACAUCAUUGUUGGCAUUAAAAGAAUGCAUCCGUCACAUGUCAAGUGGAAUUGUUGAUAGAAUUCCAUUUAGAAAUUCUGCUUUGACACAAUUUCUCAAAGAUAGUUUUAUUGGAGAAAAUUCAAAAUUAUGUAUGAUUACCACUAUUUCUCCCGCUAUUGGCAGUUGUGAUGCAACAUUAAACAGUUUGAAAUAUGCGGAACAAGUUGUGCAGAUUAACUUUAGAGAUUCCAUUUUACCAAGUCAACUUACAUUUAGAAGGUUUGAUACCAAUGGUGAAGAAGAAGGUGAAACUUUCAGUACUUCAACAAAAGACAAAGAUAUGGAUACUGAGCAGUUUUCAGAUGACAGACAAUCAGAAAUACAGUCAUUAAAAUUAACGUUUCAAAAUGCAUUAACAGAAUUGGAAGAAAUAAAUAGUCUUUUUUUGACUCCGGGUGGACAAGUUACUGCAUCAGUGAAACUCAAGCUGCUUAAAUAUAAAUUUAAUCUAAUGUAG